CAUACUGGGAACAUUUGAUCAUUGUCAAGUUUUAUUCUCUUUUAAGGGUCCAGACAAAUUCCGGAACUGAGAACAUCUCGUGAUCAUGGAUUCGAUUAUGGAUACUCUCGACGCAAUUGCGCUGAAUCCAAACCUGAAACCUCUCCUCAUACUCCUUAAAGCCGCCCGGAAUGGUGCCGUAUACGGCGCCAAAGUUCGUUUUCCGCAUGCCCUGGUGAUGGUAUUUCUCUUCCGGUCGGGAACAUUCCGCGAAAAAGUUAAGCUCGUCCUGAAAGCUACCCGACAACAUGCCCGAAACCUCGCCACAUUCGCCGUCUUAUACAAGAGUACAAUGCUUGCGAUGAAAUAUUUGAAUCCCACGGGACCCAAGGAAGGGCCAUACGACACCUUCUUUGCCGGUCUUCUAGGUGGCUAUGUCGUGUUCGGCAGGAAUCAGGGCAGUGUUAGCCAACAGAUCGUGAUCUACGUCUUUGCUCGAGUCGUUCUCGCUUUGGCGAAACUUUCCGUCCAACCGAAUAUGCACCCACUCUCUUCACUCAUAACACCCGAGGCCCGCUCACGGAUACAAGAAAAUGCAUGGCCGGCCUUUGCCUCUCUCAGCUGGGCGGCGGUCAUGUAUGUUUUCAGAUGGCAUCCGGAGUCUAUUGUCAGUAGUCUGAGGAGUAGUAUGACCUAUAUAUACGUGGAUUCCGACCAUUGGACAUCGUUUCACAAUUUGUUGAUACACAACAAAUAGUAGAGGAUCAUGAUUGUGGUUAGAUUGUUGUAUAUCAUUUGGCAAUUAGUGCCUUGAAGUGGGCAUUCGUGGCGUUCUUUGUUUCUAUGGGUUUUAUUGUUUAUCGCUUGGUGCUGUACAUAUGAAUUAUUG